CGUGCUGCAACUUCAACAGCGGAAAGCACUGAAAAGGAUUUCUCAGGAUAAAGAUUUUUAAACUAAGGACUACAAAUGACUGGAACAGCUGGCAGAUAAGAUCAGGAAAUCACGACAUGUGGCAUCAUGAACUAAACAAGGAUGACAGCUCACUAGAGCAGGAACUGAUCCACUGCUACAACAGUAUGGUGAAAAGAGUACUAGUAGCCUACGCCCUGUGGGCGAUGGGUGGGCCUUUGGGUCUUCACCAUCUCUACUUAGGGAGAGACAGCCAUGCUCUGCUGUGGAUGCUAACACUGGGAGGUUUUGGCUUUGGCUGGGCAAGAGAGUUCAUACGUAUUCCAGCUUAUGUCAGCGAGGCUAAUCGAGAUACAAAAAAAGAAAGAGGGCUGCCCAAAGAGGGACUCCCACCUGUCAGCCCCGUCAGAUUUGCGGGGCAGGUGUGUGUUGGGAUCUACUUUGGCAUGGUGGCUCUCAUUGGACUAAACUCCCUCAGUUUCUUCUACUUGAUCGUUUUGCCCCUCAGCGUGGGUGCAGGGGUUCACUUGGUGUCCAGUGUUGGUCAACAGACUGCAGAUCUCCAAAAAACCCUCACUGCGUGUCUUGUGACAUCACCAAUAUUCUACGGCAGCUCUCUCUCACCUCUUCCUAUAAGCUUGGCGGCUAGCAUCACUGCUUCACAGCACCGCAGGUUCAAACCUCCAAAAGCCCCUGGCAGCCAGCAGAAACUAGGUCCACGGCUUUACAGGAUUGGUCUAGCUUGCCUUGCCUUCUCUGCUCCACUGGGUUAUUGUUUUUUUUACAACACUACAGCCACACUGUAUUACCUGUCUGACUCAAUAGCUGCACUGCUGGAUAUUUUCUGGUUCCUGCCUUGGCUCAGAGGUGUGCUGGAAUACUUUCUUUUAAUUCCAUACCGCAUCCUGUGUGCACUGACUGGAGGGGGGUACCACGAAGAGGCUUGGAGGAAGGUGCUGGAAGUAUUGCUGAAAGAGUACACACACAGAGAAAAAGAGGCGCUAAAGGUGUUGUCAUUGGAGACAGAGGCGUCUCUUGAGGAAAUAACUCGAAGCUACAGGGAGCUGGCCAAGACAUGGCAUCCAGACCACAACCCUAACAACGAUGCUGAGAAAAUGUUCAUGAAGGUCCAGGAAGCUUAUGAGGUCUUGAUGCGAUGGCACAAACCCCAGAGAUUCAAAUAGUAGUGCUAUUUUUCUUACAGAUCGGCCAUCCUUGAGUUUAAAAAAAAGAACUGUUUGUGGAUACAUGACAAAUCACUUGUACAAAAAUAUAUGUCUUGUUUAUUGAGCAUCUCUCAGUUGCAGUUCCUACAAUAAAUCGUCAGUUGGUUUCAGAUACAUUUUGCAGGGUUUGCAGGACAUGUUAUUAUGUUGACAGUUUAAGCAAGGUUUGAGUGCUCUUUGUUUGUGUGUUUGGAAGAUUCGUCAUCAUCAUCGAUCCUUGUGGACUGAUGGAACAAGAAAAGUGUCUAAAAUAUCAAUGUCCACUGUUGCAUUUGCUGCCUUCCGGGCAAAUUUACCUGUCUCUACAUUGUCCAUACGUUUGGAAAUUUGGGAAAUUUAUUUUUUUUAUCAGGCAGGCAGCUUCACAUGUUCCAUUGGAUUGGCAUGGCACCAAACAACAUUCUGACUUCAUCUUCAUGUUCUACAUGCAGAUUCACAUUUGGGCCUUUCUGCAUGUAAAUCCCAUUUCAUCCUCAUUAUUUCUUUCAGUUCUGUGUUCUGAAAGGAAGCGUGCUUUGAAAUCUACCUUGAUGGGUUUUU